AUGCAGCACUUCAAAACGAAGCGGCGGCCGUCGCUGGCGCACGAGCUCAGUCAGCAGCGGGACCCGGGCCCGGCCGGUCCUGAACACUGGAGCCCCGGCCUGCGCCGCCGGCCCGGGCCUCCGCCUCGCUACUGUGGAUGCAUCCGCCCGCCGCUGUAUCAAGAUGCGGGACAUUUAUUUAUAUCCAUCGACGUGGGAUCGAUCGCGCGAUUCAUAACGCGGACUAGCAUCUCGGUUCUAUUCCGGCCCGGUACCCUUCCGUACCUUGCUGGUCGUUCUCGUACCUCGUGGUACAGCGGGAGGAAGGCUGCUCAUACGCUAGUGACCCGCGCGGGAGUCGCUCGGUCAGCUCGCCCUCUCAUAUCUUAUUCUGGAGCACGCUCGUCGCCGCGCGUCACAUAUUUCCAGAGAGUUUUCUAG